CUUAGACCUAAGCAAUGAGCAAUCGUGACAAAAAAUUAGCUCGGAGCGAGCAAGAAAAACCCAAGCUCCGCACAAAGGCCAAAAUAACAAGGCAGAGUGCCAGGGAAUCGCUUUUUGAUAGCGGCAGACCAAAUGAGACUGAAACGCAAGUGGGCCUUGAAAAGGCAAGAAAUACGAAGGCUUCUGAUGGCGAGUUUAAGAAAUCUCGCGCAAGCACUUCAGCCGAGGCGCUUCAUCGAAAUAUAUCACCCGAACGCGCAAAAAAACAGAUGACCACGGCACCUGUUGAAAGAAAAAAUGGGAACAAGACUGCCGAUGAAGCAAUUGGGAAACCGAAGACAAGCAAAACAAAAACAGUGACAAAUGAUAAUGUUGGAAUGAACAGAAAAAUGGUGGAUGGGGAAUUUACGGAAUUGGACCUGCAACCAAGCACCUCUGCGGCAGCGUUGAGGAAGAACUUACCAACCGGACAGGUCAAGAAAUAUAUGACAAGCGACGUCGUGGGAAGACAUCGAAAAACUGCUAGUAUGGAAAAUGAAGAACUAGACCUAGAACCAAGCACCUCUGCGGCAGCCCUGAAGAAAGGCUUAUCAACUGGAAAAGCCAAGAAGCCAAACGCGAGCGAUAUUGUUGGAAAGAUUAAGAAAACUGUUUGUGAAGAAUCAACAGAUCUAGACCUACAGCCAAGCACCUCAGUGGCAGCUUUAAGGAAAAAUGUUGCCAAAAAGGUUAACAUAAAUGACAUUAUUGGAAAAAGUAAACAAAAUGCUGUUGAGAAAUUAAGAGAACUAGAUACCGGAUCAAGUACCUCAGCGGCAACGUUGAAGAAAAACAUAGCCUUUGGACAACCUAAAAAGGCUACGACAACCGAUGUUCUGGAAAGACAUAGAAAAGCCGCUGGUAAGCAAAUAGAAGCCGUUAGUCUGCAACCAAGCACCUCAGCCAAGAAGACAGCUGUAACUGGAACAGUUGAAAACCCAGAUCCGAGUACCCCAAAAAACGUGGAAAGUGUACAAUCCAAAAAGCAAAAAGUGUUGAAAAAACCAAGCGCAAUUCUUGAAGAUAAUAAGAAAAGUGUCGGAGAAACAUUUAAAAACAAUUAUGGACCAGCCAAACAAUCUGUGGUAAGUAAACCUCAGGUAUAUAAGGCAGUUUGAUUCCC